UUAGAACCACACCAUGCAUUUUCAUAUUCUUCUAACACACAUUCCUAGUAUUCUCUACUAAGUGCCUCACUUCUUGCCUCAUUAUUAAUCGAAUAAAAAUGGAUGCCAAAAAUGUGGAAACUCCGGUAUCGGAACCGGAAAUGGAGAACAAGGCGACGGUGAAAUCGCUCUACGAGGCACUGGGGAGAGGCGAGGCGGAGAGGGUGGCCGGAAUUUUGGCGAGUGACCUAGAAUGGUGGUUCCACGGGCCUCAAAACUGCCAGCACAUGAUGAGGGUGCUCACCGGUGAAUCGGGGCCCACCCAGUUCAAGUUCGAGCCUCGGAGCAUCACGGCCAUCGACGACCGGGUGAUCGCGGAGGGCUGGGAAGGGACACAGGUGUAUUGGGUGCAUGUGUGGACUCUGAAAGAUGGUUUGAUCACGCAGUUUAGAGAGUACUUCAACACAUGGCUCACGGUGAGCAAGCUAAGGCCAAUGGGUCUGGUGUUUGGGGUCCAGAUCCCCACCCUGUGGCAGAGCCAGCCUCGAGACCUGGUGAACCGUUCCUUGCCUGGUCUUGUGCUUGCUAUUUGAUUAAUUGUGGAAUAUAUAUAUAUAUAUAUAUAUAUAUAUGUAACUGUAAGCAACUGUAAGCUUGGAACGUUGUAUGUAAUGGACGGACCUAAGUGCAUGUAACAAACAUCUAGGGAAAAAAAAAUUGUAUAAUAAUGGUUGUUUAGAAUUAUGGUA